AUGGUAUCGAACAUAAUGUCAUCUUUAUCGUACCUAGAUUAUUUGAAUAGUUAUAUUACUAUAAGUUUACAUGAUGGUGAUAGAUGUUUAAUUGCACAUUUAAAUAAAUCCUAUUUCGAUGAAAUAGAAAUUCAUGCACGUACAAUUCUUGCUGAAUGGUAUAGUCAGCAGAUAAUCGAUGCACAAUCAUCGUUAUAUAUUAGAAAUGUUGGUUAUCUUAAUCGUAAAAUAGGUUUAUUAACAAGCAGAUAUCAUUUAAAUAAAAAUGAACUUGAACGUAUCGAAAAUCUUCUAUUUAAUUCCGAAAUGAUACAAUUAAUUACAUCAAUCAUGGAAUCAAUCGUUGAAACCAAUGCUCGACAUCAAGAUAAUUUCCUUAGUGAUCUUUCAAUUUUAAUCGAUGCGUAUACCGUGAUAGAAAAUUCCAAGACAGUCUUCGAUCGAAUAACUAAACAAAUCAUGCAGUCAAAAUAUUAUAAACAAUAUUUAGCUGAAAUAUUAUCAUCAACCAUUAAACCGAUUCAUGUAUUUUUUGUUGGCAUUAUUGGUCAAUGUGCUAUACCAAUUCAUAAUCCAACAUUUAAUAAGAUCUAUGCAGAGUUUUUUAUGAAAUUCUAUAAUGGAAAACAUCUAACAGAUAAUAUUGCUUUACAGUCUUGUACAUUAGGUAUACUUGCUCAAUUAGAUUAUGCAUAUUUAAUUAAUGAUCACUCGUGCAUAUCAAUAUUAAGAUCCAUAUUUAUCAAUGCAUCGUCGAAAUUUGCAAAAGAAAAUCAUAAAAAUAAUUUUCUUUUACCUAUUUUAAAAAUAUUUAAUUCUCUUUGUAUAAAAUCAAAAACAGUUGCUUGUUAUUUAAAUAGUGAUCAACUGGUUGACAAGCUUCUUCAAUAUGUAACAAAUCAAACUGAUUUACGAUUAAAUAAAAGUGCGUGUGUUCUACUUGGACAUAUUGUUAGUGAAAAACAAUUAGAUCAUCUCCGAAUCAGUUAUAAAUUAACUAUGAAAUUUAUAAGUCUAUUAGAUAAAUGCAAAGAAGGAGCAAACGAUAUCCUUCAUAGUUUUUUAUCAUUAGCAAUUCAUACACAAAUACAAUCGGUUAUUGUAGACACUUAUCAACUAACAAAUUUGAUCGAAUUAAGUGACGAUCACCCGAUUAUUUAUGAAAUUAUUUGGAAACUUUCAUUUCAUUCGGAUAUUGUAGAACAAUUGAUUAUGCGACACGAUAAUUUUCUUAAAAAAUUAUCAUCAUUAUCAGAAAUGCCAGCUGCCUAUGGUAUAUUACAAAAUGUUCAAAUAAAAAAUGUACCUCGUCUACCAAUAAAACAGCCGCUAUCCUGUGAUAUUGCUGUUGUUUCAUCUCGAAAAGAUUACUUGGUUAUUCAAAAGGUUCACGAAUAUCUUGAAAAAUCUAGUUUUCGUAUUGGUACAGUACAAAAUUCACUGGAGAUUCUUCUCUGCAUAAGUGAAGAAUCUAAACAUGAUUGUUCAUGUCAAGCAGCAAUUCGACAAGCUAUACUCGAUUGUAAAAAGAUCUUUCUAUGUACUGUAAAAGCACCUUACCGUUUCGACGAUUGGUUCUGUUCGCUGAAUAUUGACGAGAGAAAACUUUUCAAUACCAACGAAUCAAGCAUAGAAAAAAUGAUGUCUGAAAUUCAGAUUGAUUUAAAUAAUAAUCAUAAUUUACCAGCUAUUGUGAAGCACGCUCGAAUCGUUUCACCUCUUCAUCAAAAUAUUCAUAUUAAUUUAACAUCAACUUCUUCAACUCCAACACUCUCACUGAGCACAUCACUGCAACAACAACCUCCUAUUCUAUCGCCAAGGCCACCAUUAAAAAGAAUUCAAAGUUGGACGAAAGGGGAAGUACUUGAAUGGUGUGCAAAAAAUAACUUGAAUAGUUUCACUAAAAUUUUAACACUUUAUGAUGGCCGUAGUUUACUCGCACUUGCUCAUGUAUCUCGAAUGAGUGCACCGCAUACGAUUAUAAAUCAACUGAGAAAUGAUUGUCGUAGGCACGGCCUUAGUUUAUCAUUUGUUGAGUUCGUACGAUUUCAAGCAGCACUCGGCGACCUUCUUCGUGUAGAACGACUGCUGACAAGAAGACAAUCAGUAUCAUCAUUAGCUGCACGUUACGUUUUGAAACGGAAACCAACAAAUAUAACCUAA